UUGUGUUUGAGUUGUUGCUGUAUCGAGUACGGUUUUUUGUGCUUAUAAUUUUCAAAAACAUUUCCUCAAAACCACAGUAUUUGAAGUGUUCGAAGCGACGUGUUAACGUGUGUUAAAGUGCUGCGAAAGUAAUUUUCAUCCCGGGAUAAUUAUGCCACCGUACAACAUACGCAUCGACGUCCUUCGGUGAUGGUCAUAAGCCAUCAGUUACUCUUGCAGUAGUGCCUGCAAACGGUGCAUCGAUCCAGCAUACUAAAGGCAAGUCAAGCCAUCCUGGCCACCACACCACAGCGCAAAGUGAGGCAGUAAAACGGUCUUCAUAUGGGCUUCACGCGUUCAAAGUGUUGGAACACUUGCGACUUGCGGAGUGGCCGGCAGCAAUAGAAACCCAUAUUUAUUACCCCAGACUAGCACUCAAGCGCUCGCUCAGCCGUAGUAUCGCAAAUUGUGGUAAUUGGUUUCGGCGAAACAUGCAGCAUGCCUUACCACGAUACAAUAUGGUCCCUGUGCCGGGGUUUGAUACGCAUCUCGCGAGAUCUAUAGUGCUCUAACGAUCGAUUGGUCACGCUCACGGUCGGGCUGGUGGAAGGUGCACUAUGUAUUUGAUCGAGUGAAAACCGACGAAAUUGAAAAGAAAAGUCAGGAUUCACCAGCAAGCAGCCACUCGUAGAUAGAACAAAUUAGUUGUGUUAAGCAUGAAGUCGAUACAGAGCUGGUUCAAUCAACCGGAUACCCUUAAUCCCGGCCAGCUGGCAAUCUAUGGAUCGAUAUCGUUUUUGAUUGUUUCGCUGCUCGGUCUGCUGAUCUACAUCACCUGCUCCAAGCGCUACCGUUUGAACUGGUACGAGAAGAAUCUCCUGGAAUCGGCCAAGGAGCGUGAGGGCAGCUAUGAAGGACAGAUAAGCUGUCCGAUUGCGUACAACAUCGAUGCCGUCGCGGGAGCAUCGCGAUACCUCAACCGGCCCACGGGUGGUAGCCCACGAGCCACGGCAGAAAACCCACCGUUCUGGGCGUCCCAGGGUUUGUAUCGGAAGAGCAACAGCCGGGGCCAGUUGAUUGACACGUCCGAUGAGGAGACCACCGGGGACGACAGUGGCGAUUCGGCUUGCAGCAGUAGUAGGUCAGUUAUAGCAGCACCCUGCGGUAGAGCCGUCGCUAUCGCCAGCACAAGCAAGCAUGUUGUCCUCGUCACGUCUAGCCCGGCCAAGCCCACGACCUCGACGGUGUCCUCGGGCGAUGGGACGACGGGUGGGGCCGGAGACCAACUCUCGAGCGAGGCGAACAAAAUCGAUAUGGUGGACAGUGUCAGCACGUGCAGUACGGUUAGCCGGGGCGAUAUGGCCGGGGAGGAUGCCCGUGGUGCCAUACGGUUGAUGCUCAGUUACGAUCCAGCAGCGGGAAUCCUGAACGUGAAGCUUGUUGAGGCUCAGGAUCUGCAGCCACAGGACUUUAGUGGAACGGCCGAUCCGUACGCCAAGAUAAGGUUACUGCCGGAUCGGAACAAUAUGUGGCAAACGAGGAUUCACAAAAAGACACUAAACCCGGUGUUCGAUGAGGACUUUGUGUUCGAGGUCCGCUCGGCCACGAUUGGGAGGCGCACGCUGGAGAUACUGCUGUUCGAUUUCGAUGCCUACUCACGCCACGUGUGCAUCGGUGGAGUACAGUUCCCACUGGGCCAAGUAGGUCUGGUAGAAAAAAUAGACGCUUGGCGGCCAUUGCUACCAUACACUGAACAGGACAACAAACAGGAUUUGGGUGAUUUGAUGGUUUCCCUGUCGUACCAACCGGCAGCCGAGAAGCUCACGGUCGUCAUCAUCAAAGCGCGUAGCCUGCGCAUAAUGGACACGACCAGAAACUCCUCCGAUCCGUACGUGAAGGUGUGCCUCUACAAUGCCGACGGGAGACGCCUUAAGAAACGCAAGACAACGGUGGCCCGCAACACGACCGCACCGGUCUACAAUGAGGCACUCUCCUUCGAUAUCAGCCGGGAGGCGUUGAAAGACUGCUCGAUAGAGUUUCUGGUGCUGCAUGACAAUCUGCUGGGCCGAAACGAAACCAUCGGACGGGCGUGCAUUGGGGCUGGGUCCGAGUUUCGGGAGGAGAAUCGAAAGUUCUUCGAUGAACUGUUUCGCAACCGUGCCGCCACCGCUCAGUGGAUAUCGCUAUCGGAGAUGAAGCUGAAAUCGGAUGCUGCUUCGAAGAAGUAGUUAUCUUGGCUCAAUGGCUCAACAAAUGCACACGAAAUGGAUUUUAACCCAGCCCGCCCUCCGAAAACCUAACGUUACAAAGCGGGAAUGAUUCCAAAUCAUUCGCCUUGAUGUUUUUUUGUUUGUCUGUUCUCGAAUGGUUUCCGCGCACGUACAUCUAUACACCAGAAAGGAUACCCGCACCGUUUUGGGAUUAGUUUGGACAGCGGAUGAUUCCUUCUGGUGGGAGCACGCAUUCUUCUACGAUAAAUUUGCCAAAUAUCCACGGCAGUAAAAUGUCCAUAGAAUUAAUGCGAACUCCUGCCAGAAAGACUUGACGAUUGAACACCGAUUCAAUACCGGGGUUCUGUUUCCACACGUUUGAUAAAGUAAGGUGCAUUUAUCAGAGGCGAUUCGAUGGCGCCCUUGGC